AUGUCUCGUCCUCAAGUCUCCGUCCACUCUUUGACUGGUGAAACCACCUCAGCUGCUAUCGCACUUCCAGCUGUCUUCUCGGCUCCAAUCCGUCCAGACCUUGUUCACUCUGUUUUCACUUCCGUUAACAAGAACAAGAGACAAGCUUACGCUGUCUCUGAGAAGGCUGGCCACCAAACCUCUGCCGAGUCCUGGGGUACCGGUCGUGCUGUCGCCCGUAUUCCACGUGUCGGCGGUGGUGGUACCCACAGAUCUGGUCAGGCCGCUUUCGGUAACAUGUGUCGUGGUGGUCGUAUGUUUGCUCCUACCAAGACCUGGAGAAAGUGGAACGUCAAAGUCAACCACAACGAGAAGCGUUACGCUGCUGCUUCCGCUAUUGCUGCUUCCGCUGUUGCUUCUUUGGUCUUGGCCAGAGGUCACAGAGUUGAAAAGAUCCCAGAAAUCCCAUUGGUUGUUUCUGACGAACUUGAGUCUGUUCAAAAGACAAAGGACGCUGUCGCUGCUUUGAAGGCUGUCGGAGCUCACUCCGAUGUCGUCAAGGUCUUGAAGUCCAAGAAAUUGAGAGCUGGUAAGGGUAAGUACAGAAACAGAAGAUUCACCCAAAGAAGAGGUCCUUUGGUUGUCUACUCUGAAGACAAGGGUCUUGUCAAAGCUUUCAGAAACCUGCCAGGUGUUGAGACCGCUGACGUCACCUCUUUGGGCUUGUUGCAAUUGGCUCCAGGUGCUCACUUGGGUAGAUUUGUUAUCUGGACUCAAUCUGCCUUCGCCAAGCUUGACCAAGUUUGGGGCUCUGAGACCGUCGCCUCUUCUGUAAAGAGCGGCUACACCUUGCCAAGCAACAUCAUCUCCAACACCGACGUUACCAGAAUCAUCAACUCUUCUGAAAUUCAAUCUGUUGUUAGACCAGCUGGCCAAGCUACUCAAAAGCGUUCUCAUGUUUUGAAGAAGAACCCAUUGAAGAACAAGCAAGUCUUGUUGAGACUAAACCCUUACGCCAAGGUCUUUGCUGCUGAGAAAUUGGGCUCUAAGAAGGCUCAACAAACCAAGACCACUCCAGCUAAAACCUUUAUGGAAACCUUGAAGCACGACUAA